CGCUGCCCGGCACGGCUCCGCAGCCGCUCUGGUGCUUGGUUCUAGCUGCGGCAGCCAGCGCGGCUCCGGCACCAACUUUCCGUGCGUGGCGGAGCGGAGCAUCCUCCGCCCCGGCCGCGGGAAACGGGGCCGGCCAUGCUAGGUCCGGCGGUGCGGCUGGCGCUGGGCGCGGGGGAACUGGUACCGACGGCCGCGGGGCUGCCGGGCCGGUUGCUGGCCCUGCUGUGGCCGGCACUGGUGCUGGGGGCGGCCGCGCUGCUGCUCCGGCGCCGGCUGCGACGCGGCCGGGCCGCCGGGCAGGCGCGAGAAGAGGAGGAGGAGGAGGAGGAAGAAGAGGAAGAGGAGGAGGAGGAGGAUGAUGGCUCUGCCGGCGCUCGGGCUGCCGGGGCGCUGCCGGCGCGGCAGCUGGAGGAACAAAGGCGCAUGGUGCAGGUUCCAGUGAAUGGCCAGCUCAUAACAUCAGCCAACACCAAAGAGAAAAAGCUCCUCAAGCCUAAGAAGAAGAGAAAAGCCCAGUACUCAGACAAAAAGGUGCCAAAAGAUUUGCUUUCUGUGGAAAGAGACAAAGUGCAAGAGGAAGAAGGUAAUAAAAGACCUGGUUCUUCUGUUAUCUGAUUUAUAUUAGCAAAUAACAUGAGGUGAAAUAUCUCAAAAGGGUAGCCUUCUCUACAAUUCUAAGAGUUCUGCAUUAUUGGGAAAAAUUGCCAGUCUGAGAGCCACGUGCAUUAUCUGCUCCUUACUGCCUGUAACUACAUGGACAGGGACCAUUUGCUUUCCUGCCACACUUCUCAGGUCCUUGCCCUAUUCACA